AUGGCCGAUCCACUUCCUCCGUCGUAUCUUCACAUCCUGCGCAGCCGCCAUGCUCAGAUCGAGUCGCUCAUCCACCAGGGACACCCGAAGCCCGUUCUAUUGUGGCAUUUGAUUGCUUUCUUUCUGGUGCUUCCGGCCUCCGCACUUCUAAUCUCCCAUCGCACCCCAGCUCGCUACCUACGUCCAUUCAUCCUCGUUUUGAUUCUCGGCUUCUCGGUCGAGGCUUUGCAGUCUCGACGGAUUCUGCUAGGUGGCAAUGGAUACAUUGUAGGGCUGAUCGCCGCCUGGUGGUCGAUUUGGGUGAUGACUCUGCUAGUCUUUCAUGAUGCCCAACGCGACUUUCGUCGCAUCGAGCGCAGGCCGCUGGAGAGGGAAGACGAUCGAAGGGAGUCAGCCGAGACGCGCUCAAGGCACGCCGACGGCGUUCGGCAUGCCGUGGCAAGCGGAGGACCCCCGAACGAGGAGUAUCCCGAGCCACUCGUAUGGCAGACAUACCCUGGCUCAUGGUCGCAUCGUCUGAACUGGGUUCUGGGUCUUCUACUCAACCUGCGAGGUCCCGAGUGGAAUUGGCGCAUUUCAAGCGUUGGUCCUUUGCCUGCCUCGAUAAGGACCCAGCUCGACCCGAAACAUCGACGAUCGCGAAGCCGAGAACAGUGCAAGAAAUUGCCUGCAUAUCAAGAUGGUAAGACCCGCAUCCGUGCGGUGGUCUUUGAGUUCUUUAAAGCGUACUUGGCUCUGGAUGUGAUCAAAGUCCUCAUGAUGCGCGACCCGUACUUCUGGGGCAUCAUUCCUCUGUCGUUCUCACCGCCGCCUGCUCCCAUCAGCUAUAUCUUACCCCCCAUUCCUGCCGUGUUCCGCGUGUAUCGACUCGCUCUUUCUGGCAUUGGGAUUCACGUGGCCCUUGUCUGUAUCACGGCUCUAAACCCUCUCUUCUUCUUGGGUCUCUCCCGCGCAUUCCCCAAUGCCUCCCGCGCGUUAACGGCAGUCCCGUUGGAUGCUCCUUGGCUUUAUCCGGAAUCCUUCGGUCCUUUUAUAGCAUCAGUCCUAGACCAUGGCCUCGCCGGGUGCUGGAGUCGAUGGUGGCACCAACUAUUUCGAUUCGGGUUUCUCUCAACCGCUCAGUGGCUAAUAUCAUGGUUCCCACGCCGACUAGCCACCCAUACCGGUUUCCGUCGAUACCUUCUGACCCUGAUCGUCUUUAGUCUGAGUGGAUUUAUACAUGCCAGCGGGAGUUACACCCAGUUCGGAGACACAAGACCAAUUUCCGGCACAUUCAUCUUCUUCCUUUUGCAGGGAGCAGGUGUCAUGAUCCAGGACUUAGCAUCUAAGAAUCUGAUCCCGGCUCUUUUCACAACCAACUCGGCUCCUCGUUGGCUUCGUCGGACGGCAAAUGCAACGUUCGCGAUCGGGUGGCUCAUAUUUUCAGGGGGCUAUAUUGCGGAUGAUUUCUCGAAGGGAGGACUCUGGUUGACAGAACCGCUCCCAACUAGUCCGUUGCGCGGGUUAGGAUUCGGACUUGGAGUUGAGGGUGAGGGCUGGUGGUGUUGGAGCGAGCCGUGGUUCCAGUGGUGGGAUGACGGCACUUUUUGGGGACGAGGACUGCGCUUCAUGUGA